AUGGAGUUGCAAGUUAGUCGUGAACUGUUUCUGCUUGUAUUCUGCAUGUAUGUGACACGGGGUCAAAUAGACAGCCCCUGUCAGCUCAUCCAUGUACAAAAAAGCGCUAUGUCCGAUCUAGCAUAUCUGGGAAUUCCUAGAUCGAAUUCAUCUGACCUGCAAAUACCCAGCCAGUGUCUGUCUGGAAGCGUUAACUGGCAUAGUCCAAUGGGGGUAAUGAGCUUACACCUGACCCGUGCCGACCGCCCAUAUCAGUUGUGUCUGCAGGGCACAUGGUCAACAGAUCUUGGUGGAGUCUCCAAGGUGGUUAAAGGGGUAGAGACUGUGCUCCCAUUACCUACGCGAGAUUCCCUAUCAUGUACCGAGGAUGUUGAUGGUAAAGCCCGGCUGUUGGUUAGCGCUACUAGCUACCUACUCUACAUGACCGAGUUCGCCUUUAGAGUCGUUAAGCUAGGAUCUCCUUGA